CGCAUCGCAAAUCGCUCUUUAUUUGCCAUUGUUUUGGGAAGGACUGUUUCUGUUUCGCAAAUUUAAUCUCUAUUACCUUAUCUUAUCAAAUAAUGGUCUUUUGAUCACGAACAAAUCGUCUAGAUAUACAAGACAUUGUUACUAGAUAAUGUAUUAGGUAGUCUAUUCAUCAAAGCGUAACGUCGCGAGUGGCUGGUAAAUUAAUUGUUUUAAAUUUCGACAAAUGUGAUUCGGUGUCACUAUGGAGGAUUAUAAGUUUCUCUUUAAAGUGGUGCUAGUUGGUAACGCUGGUGUGGGGAAGACAUGCCUGGUGCGAAGGUUCACACAAGGGCUGUUUCCCCCUGGGCAAGGUGCUACUAUUGGAGUGGAUUUCAUGAUAAAAACAGUUGAAGUCGACGGCGAGAAAGUGAAGCUACAAAUAUGGGACACAGCGGGUCAGGAGCGCUUCCGCUCCAUCACUCAGAGCUACUACAGAUCAGCGCACGCCCUCAUACUCGUGUACGACAUAUCUUGCCAGCCCACGUUUGACUGUUUACCGGACUGGCUGCGGGAAAUCGAAGAAUAUGCUAAUAAUAAGGUGCUGAGGAUAUUAGUAGGUAACAAAACGGACCGCGAAGACCGCGAGAUCCCGCGUCACAUCGGCGAGGACUUCGCGCAGCGGCACGGAAUGUACUUCCUGGAGACUUCUGCUAAGGAAGCCGAUAAUGUGGAGAGGCUGUUUAUGGAGAUAGCUGUUGAACUCAUGGAGCAAGCGAAAUGCAAGGAGCUACCCAAGUACGACGGCAGCUUAGGCCCCAUCAACGGUAAGACGACGUCCGUUGGAGACUCCUCCUGCUGCUCGCGCUCCUAAACUGGACUUUGUUUCCUGGCAAUAAAGCCGUGGCUUGUGUGGACGAUCGCGCGACUGUCGCGAAGUAUAUCGCCUCGCCUAUCAUCCAUUACAUAGUUCAUCGACGUCGCCUACCUAAUACACUUCUAUACUCCUAUCCCUUUCUCUAGCACCCUAAAGAAAAGGAUGCAUAUAGUUUUCUUUGUUCUUAUUUACAGACAGACUUGUUUGACAGAGUAUAUACACGGUGUAACACAAGGGAACCGAAAGAUCUUAACUACGCAAUUCUGAGGGCAAAAUAAAGAUAAAAUCUUAUAUGACGUCAAGCUAA